GCCUUCCCCGGGUCCCCCUCUGCACAGGCGCAGAAGCUCCAGCGUGUGGAAGCUGCGGCCCGGCGGGCGGGUAAAUAACAGAUGCGGGUAAAGGAUCCAUCCAAAGAUCUACCUGAGAAAGGCAAAAGAAAUAAAAGACCGCUGCUACCUCAUGAUGAAGAUUCUUCAGAUGACAUUGCUGUAGGUCUAACAUGCCAGCACAUCAGUUAUGCUGUCAGUGUGAACCAUGUGAAGAAAGCGGUAGCUGAGGCUCUGUGGUCAGUUUGCUCGGAGUGUUUGAAAGAGAGAAGAUUCUGUGAUGGACAGCCAGUCCUUCCUUCCGAUGUUUGGCUGUGCCUCAAGUGUGGUUUUCAGGGAUGCGGUAAAAACUCAGAAAGCCAGCAUUCACUGAGGCACUUCAAGAACUCUGUGACGGAGUCCCAUUGUGUUGUCAUUAGCCUGAGUACAUGGGUCAUAUGGUGUUAUGAAUGUAAUGAAAAAUUAUCGACACAUUGCAACAAGAAAGUUUUGGCUCAGAUAGUUGAUUUUCUCCAGAAACAUGUUUUUAAAAUACAAACAGGUGCAUUUUCUAGAAUCAUAAAACUUUGUGAAGAAAAACGUGAAGCAGGUGAAAUAAAGAAAGGAAGGAAAGGCUAUGCUGUGCCAUCCGUCAAAGGGAUUAUAAACUUAGGAAAUACUUGCUUUUUUAAUGCAGUCAUUCAGAACUUGGCUCAGACUUACAUUCUUUUUGAACUGAUGAAUGAGAUAAAAGAAGAUGGCACCAAGUUCAAGAUUUCGCUUUCGUCAGCUCCACAGCUGGAGCCGUUAGUGGUGGAACUUUCAAGCCCAGGACCAUUGACUUCAGCCUUGUUCCUGUUUCUUCACAGCAUGAAGGAGGCUGAAAAAGGACCGCUCUCUCCUAAAGUUCUUUUCAAUCAGCUUUGUCAGAAGGCUCCUCGGUUUAAAGGUUUCCAGCAACAGGACAGCCAGGAGCUUCUGCACCAUUUGUUGGAUGCAGUGAGGACAGAGGAGACGAAGAGGAUACAAGCUAGCAUUCUAAAAGCAUUCAACAACCCAACUACCAAGACUGCUGACGAUGAAACUAGAAAAAAAGUCAAAGCCUAUGGAAAGGAAGGCGUGAAGAUGAACUUCAUAGAUCGUAUCUUUAUUGGUGAAUUAACUAGCACAGUCAUGUGUGAAGAGUGUGCGAACAUCUCUACCAUGAAGGAUCCCUUCAUUGAUAUUUCACUUCCUAUCAUAGAAGAAAGGGUUUCAAAACCUGUACUUUUGGGGAAAAUGAGUAAAUGCAGAAGUUUACAGGAAACAGACCAAGACCAUAACAAGGGCACCGUUACCAUAGAAAAUACCCAUCAACCCAGAGCUGCCAAGAAGCCUUCCUCACCUAAAGAUAAGAAUCAACUAAGUCAUGACAGAAGGCAUUUAAGAAAAUGGCCAUCUGAAGAAGAGAAAACUGUUGUUACAUACCCGAAGAAUGAGAACUUGGAAGCCAGCCCGUUUGCUAGCACCCUCAGCACCGAGGUGUCGCUGAACGAAAGCCCCACGGAUGGCAGUGAGCGAGACACCAGUGUAGAAAGCAGCGUGGAUGCAGACAGCGAGGCUUCCGAGCCCGAGAGCGCAUCCAAGCCGUCGGUGCUGUUGCUGUCCAGUGGUGAUUCCCGCGGGCACGCAGAGCAGCGCCCACGCACCAAGGAGACGCGCAGUGGUGAUGAGGAAAUGGCAGAAGCGAUUGCUGGACUUCAUUUGAGUGGCACUGUAACUGGAAAUAAAGAUUUUAACAGGGAAAAACAGCCGCUAAGUGGCCCAAAUAAUUUGUGUUUUUCAGAGGGAAAACAUACGAGGCUUCACAGUGCCCAAAAUGCUUUUCAGACUCUUUCUCAGAGUUAUGUAACUACUUCUAAAGAAUGCUCAGUUCAGUCCUGUCUCUACCAGUUCACAUCCAUGGAGUUAUUAAUGGGCAACAAUAAGCUGCUCUGUGAGGACUGUACUGAAAAGAAACGGAAGUGCCAAAAGGAAAGCGGUUCUGCAGAAAAGAAAGCAGGAGGCGUCUAUACUAAUGGCAGGAAGCAGCUGCUCAUAUCUGCUGUUCCAGCUAUCCUAAUUCUUCAUCUUAAAAGAUUUCACCAGGCUGGCUUGAGUCUUCGAAAAGUAAACAGACAUGUAGACUUUCCACUUACCCUUGACUUAGCUCCAUUCUGUGCUGCUACCUGUAAGAAUAUAAGCGUGGGGGAGAAGGUUCUCUAUGGUCUCUACGGUAUAGUGGAGCACAGCGGCUCCAUGAGAGGAGGCCACUACACUGCCUACGUGAAGGUGAGAGUGCCCUCCAGGAAGCUGUCCGAGUGCAUCACCGGCAGGAAGGCGGCACCCGGUUUGAAAGAGCCUGAUAGUGAAUUGGGAGGCCACUGGGUCCACGUCAGCGACACUUACGUGCAGGUGGUUCCAGAAUCAAGAGCACUCAGUGCACAAGCUUACCUCCUUUUUUAUGAAAGAAUAUUAUAAUAUUUGUUCAUUGUUAUUUAGCUCAUUUUUAUUUUAGUGCUGAAGUCAUCUAUAAUAUGUAAUGUGCCUUUGCAUUCUUUAGUGCAUCCUCCCAGUGUUAUUUAACUUUUUCAAUAUGUGGUAAAUCCUUUAAAGGAAAUUAAUUAACAUAACAGGCAGUGGUGGUGCACGCCUUUAAUUUCAGCACUUGGGAGGCAGAGGCAGGCAGAUCUUUGUGAGUUCCAGGCCAGCUAGGGCUAUUCAAUAAAACCUUGUCUUGAAAAAUUAAACAAAAAAAAUUAAUUAAUGCUUCCAAAUCUAUAUUUUUAAAUGUAAAAACAUAUUUUAUGUUCAUUUUCCUGUCCAUGGAGACUGCCACUCGGUACGGCAAAGAGAAAAGGUGGCGGCCGUAGAGCAGUCUCCAUUAUGACAUGACUCGCCGCUACAACAUCCAGAGAUGAUCUAAGUCGGACCUGGAGUAUACUAUUUCCUAAAUGCGAUGCAGCGUCCCUGAGUGCAUGCACUAUAUCUUGUGCUACAGUUUGCUUACUUUUAGUUUUAGCCAUUUACAGUCUUGGCCCUGUUUUGGAUCAUAUUUCACAUUUUUACGUGCUUGUUAUUUUUCUAGUAAACACUGAUGUAAGUUUAUAACUAUGAAAGAAACAUCAUCCACCCUUGCACCACCCCACGUAAAAUCAUCUCAGGGCUCUGCCGUGGUGUGUGUGUUAGUCUAUAGGAAAAGUUUCUAGAACAGUCUGAACUAGUGCCUAAUGUAACAUAAUUAUUUUUCAUAUACUAUGUGACUCAGUCGUGUAAAAAGGAGCCACUGUCAUUUUGGUAGUGUGAGUUUCCAAGUAAUGAAGUGAUUCCCUUAUUGCUCUGAAUAUUUGAAGAUAUUGAAACAUUUCAUAAACUAAUCAUUUGAAGUCUUUUAAAGAUAAUUUGCAACACAUAGAACUGGCAAAUAGAAGUUGAUCUAUAUAGGAACAUAGAAUACUUUAAAGUUUAAGGAUGUCUUUGAACUAUAAACUACUAAAUUAUAUUUAUAAAUGGUAGAAAUCAUAUUCUUAUAAUUAACAAAUAUAUAAUACUUUUUUACUUCUGUAUAUUAAUAAAUGUUACACAUGGUUUCAUCUUCAUAAGCAUUAUUUGAAAAGUGGCUAGUUAGUGAUUUAGUUCAAUGGCAGAGCACUUUCCUAGCCUGUGCAAGACCGUGGUUCCAUCCCUAGCAACACAAAUAAAAUGUUCAGGUGGGCUUGGCUUUUACUUCAGUGGGGCACAGACUUGCUACUUCUGUUCCCCUUAGAUAAGUAGUAACACAGGAUAGUUUCUUCUAGAAUUCAAAGGAUUGAACUGUGAAAACUUAGCAUGAAAAAAUAUUACUACCAAGAUUUUAAAUAAUCAAUGAAUUGGUUCACUGAUGCAUAAUAUUGAAUCAAGAUGUAAGGGAACGGGUUCAAUGUCUUAGUCAUCAGCUCCUGGUUGAUUCUAUGGGCAAAUGUGAGGGAGAGAGGUUGUAAACCGCACAGACCUUUAGCCAGGAUUGAACCUUCUUGACAUGUAACAUAAUGCCACCAGUGCGGCCUCUUGAUAUGUGGCUGGGUGAAACUGAUUUUUCUAAUGGAGAAAUUUUAGAAUACCAUGGCAUAACUUCUAUUUUUAAGUUGUGGGGGAAUUUUCAGUGGUAUUGUAGAGCCCAGUUGUGUCCUCUAAAAAGAACUUUCCAGUGUCUUUUGUUUCAUCAGGCAUUCAGAGUUUAUUAAUCUAUUGACAUGGAAGAGUCUAGCACCAGAGCAAUGAGUUAGAAAAAUAAUUUAUUUGUUCAAGUUGGCCUUAGUCAUAGCAGUUGUCCCCCACCCCCCAAACAAAUGUAAACAGCCUUUUUCCCCCUCUCCUAGAAAAGAUAAUAUUAAGAUGCAUACAAUCUAGGCAGGUUCCAGUACCUGGCAUAUAACAGUAUUCUAUCACCCUUUAAAUUAGAAAAACCUGCCAAGUGGUGGUAGUGCAUGCCUUUAGAUUCAGCACUCGGGAGGGAGAGGCAGAUGGAUCUGAGUUCAAUGACAUCCUGGUCCACAGAGCGAGUUCCAGGAAAGCCAAGGCUACACAGAGAAACCCUGUCUCAAAAAACUUGGGGAAAAAACACCCUAAAAUCUAUAUGAUUUUAUACAUUAUUCUAAUAGUGACUUGUAAAUAAGAUGUUCAUUUAUUACCUGGUACUGAGGAGAUUCUGAGAUGUAUUUUUUUUAAUGGCUGUUUUUUCUUGCCAUCUAAAAAUGUAGGAAAAUGGUUUGAUUUGAUACCUAGGAAUUUUUUAUCAAGCUUAUGUAAUAGAUAAAAAUCACACAGGUCUACACUUAAUUUUUUGUUCUUACUUUGAAGUUUUCCAAAGCACAUUUGUAGAAAUUUUAAAUUGUAAGGCUACUGUACUAGCAAUAGUUUCCAGAUUACCUCAGGAAACAGUGCAAAUCAACAAGAAUGUUUACAGAUCAGCACGACUACUUAGUGUUUUGGCACAGUGAAUUUGAAAGGUAAAAGAGAAGUUUUUAUCCAGAAACUGGUUUACAGGGUACCUCUAUCCCCAAUGAUCCCCUGGCUUUCCCAUAUUUGAAAUGAUAAAAUUUUGAUGAUGUGCCAAUUAUGUGAAUGUUUGUGAUAUAAACAAAUAUACAUCUAUAUUUAAGAUUUGUUGUCUAAUGUUUUAAAUAAUAAUAUGAAGGCUGCUUAUGUAGGUAGUCAAGGAGAUGAUCGUUGUAUCAGCUCAGAGUCAUAUAUCAACAGAGCUAUUUUACCAUAUCUAAUAAUUCUUAGUUUGCAUGGGUGAUUAAUUAGUGAUCUUAUGCAGUAGCUGAAUAGAAUCUGAAGACCUAGCUGUGAAACGCCGCCGCACAUCAGAUUUCUGUCGUACAGAACAUCUUGCCUACUGUCCUGACUGUUUACUCAGCAUAUUUCUCUGCAUGAUCUGGUCAAAUAAACCAAAUAUGUGCAAUAAAGUCAAGCUUUCAGAGAGCAUCCAUUGUAUUAUUAGAGAAAUGACUUCUGUAUUAAAAUGUUUUUGUUCAUGUAGAAAUCAUCAAUUCAAAUGUGUUUAAAAGAUGAUUAUUUUCAGGUAUCAAUAAUAAAUUCAUGGUAUCAUUCCUUUUUUCCAAUUUUAUAGUAUUUUAAAAAUAUUUGUGUAACUUAGUUGGUCAUUGCUGUAUAUAUAAACAUCAUAAUAAAUAUUAGAUUCUUAUGUUAAUAGAUUAGGCCCACAGUUUUUGCAUUAUGCAUUAUUAACAGAAAGUUAAUAAACAUUGUGUUCAUGUCUA